AUGAGCUGGCAAGACACAGCAGCCGACAUAUUGCCCUAUUACGAUUAUACUGUGGGUAUCAUCUCCUACAUUUUAAAUUGCCUGGUAAUUUACUUGGCCAAAAAGCAGAUGCAUAAGGGUACGGCGGAAUACAAGACAAUCUUGUACCUGAAUUGUGGAGUGGAUCUGAUUUUCAACACCUUCAGUAUAAUUACAAGAACGGUAUGGUUUAUUAAAAACAAUAAAUCCCUGCCUUUCCGAAAUAAUCCAUCUUCAAUCUUCAGCUCGUAGACGUCCAUGACGGCAUGUUUUUUAUCCUAAGUAGCGGCCCUCUGACCGACGUCCCUCAACCAUAUGGUGCAAUAAUAUCGUUCAUCUAUUCGUGGUCAUAUCUACUCACCGUGGUUACCGUACCCAUCCAAUUCCUCUACCGUUACAGCCAGCUAUGCCUCAAAAAUCAGAUCACCACCAGACAGUAUGUCCUGAUUUACGGCGGAUUCAUUUUGGCGGUUAUAUUGCACCUCAUGGUGGGAUUUCAAAUCUACAUAACGGAUCCCGUCGCAUUGAAGGAAUACGAGCCUUUGAUGCGGAAGAAUCCAAUGUUUAGAGAGCACAUGCCCGUAUUCACCGUGGUGAUUGCGGUAAGAAAUGACGAAUAACAGUCAUGAAUUGAUACCGCUGUGGUUAAAAGCCCCAGGAACUUGAUACCAUCCUGCUAUAACAAAAGUAGACACGAUAUAGAAUAUGUUUAUUGAACCAAACACGAGAAUCACAACCGCUCACGAGGAGCGCGAGACACCGACUUCAGAAUAGGAGAAAUUGAUCUGAUGAAGACCUUGUCCUUUGAUUCUAUGCAAAUUCGUGGGAAAUAAUGGGCGGUUUCAGUGGAGUCGCUAACAUGCCCACUGGGGGUUUGGAUUGGGUUCAUCAGGGCAAGAACAGGGCAUGAGUGUGUCCGGCUAUUCAUCAGAAUGGCUGCCCAUGUGAAGGUUCCAGAUCCAGCAACGAAAUAAUGUGGAUUUGUCGCAACGAAGUGUUUCACCCCGUUGCAGUCACGCAUCAAAUCCCUAGCCAAUCAUCGCAAAGCAAUGAUUGGCGAUUCCAAGGCGCAACAAAUCCACAUUAUUUUCCCGACAGACUGAUACCUUGAUUGAAAUUUUCUUUUCCAAGAAUCUUUUGUGUUGGGCUUAUAAAAAGCUAUUAUAUUUCGCAGAUCAUGCUACACGCUUGCAAGUUUUCAGACCUCCCUAAUCACACAGCUCCACAUGCUGAACUCCAUGCUCCUCGUUUGCGUCGCCUAUUCGGUUGUCGUAUAUUGUGCAGUCAAGACGCUAAAACGUCUGAAGGAAACUCAGGCCUCGCUUUCGAAGGGCACAAGGGCCGCCCAGAGGCAGUUUACCAUCAUAAUGUUCGUGCAGGUAAAUCAAGAAACACGCUAUGUUCAGAAGACGAGUUUAGGCGAUCAAUCCGCUUUUAAUGUUGAAUCUACCGCUCUGCUUGGCUUAUUCAAUGACCCUACUCAACAUCAGUGUCAAUGGGGUUGUGUUCUUCGUAGCGCCAGUCGCCGCUUUUAUCCCAAUCAUAAAUCCGCUUUGCGUAAUUUUUGUGAUUCCCAACUUCCGACGGUUCGUUCUUUGUCAGAAAGGAAAACAUGUGCAAACAACCUCUCAAGUCGCCUCAACCAAAAUGACAGCGACUGAAUAAUUUUAAAUUAUACUUGUUUUGUUUGACGUAUUUUACAAUAAACUCAGUGGCACGUCUACAAGAGCUUACAAUGCUAACUAGUACAUAUUAGUAGGCGCAUUAGGCCUCAAUCGGUCCCGCAACGACAACGAGCGGCCUUGAAGUGGAGCUCAACGUUGAAAGGGAGUCGGGGGACGUUUAGACCACCGAUCGUUGGAGAACAAGCACACACACGAAGUCACAAGUUUCCCUUUGUUCACGGCAAAGGGAACAACCGAGGAAGAUAAUGAGGUAAUUGGUGAUAAAGUGUUCCUUUUAUAUGACCCAUUUAUGCUAAUUUCCGUGGGAAUUGCGGAGACCUUUGAGGCUCCACAACAGGCCUGGUUCGUUCUUGUCAGAAAGGAAAACAUGUGCAAACAACCUCUCAAGUCGCCUCAACCAAAAUGACAGCGACUGAAUAAUUUUAAAUUAUACUUGUUUUGUUUGACGCAUUUUACAAUAAACUCAGUGGCACGUCUACAAGAGCUUACAAUGCUAACUAGUACAUAUUAGUAGGCGCAUUAGGCCUCAAUCGGUCCCGCAACGACAACGAGCGGCCUUGAAGUGGAGCUCAACGUUGAAAGGGAGUCGGGGGACGUUUAGACCACCGAUCGUUCACGGCAAAGGGAACAACCGAGGAAGAUAAUGAGGUAAUUGGUGAUAAAGUGUUCCUUUUAUAUGACCCAUUUAUGCUAAUUUCCGUGGGAAUUGCGGAGACCUUUGAGGCUCCACAACAGGCCUACUGUAUGAGAGCAACAUGGACAUGAGCAAGGAAGAUCUGGAAGAUUAGAGAUGUUAAGGUUAGGGCAGGCGUCAUGCGUCUGCCCCGCUAGGAUAUUCGGUCUACUGUUAUUGUGCUUGCGGCCUAUCGAUAAACUAUCGACUGCUUCUGUUGGAGUCGCCGCUUGAGGUUGAAUUAGCUGCAGGAAGGACUCGUCCACCGUCCCAAAUAGCAUUUUUAAUGGCGGAGGACAGUCCUGUAGCGUUCCGCGUACAGAAAAGUUAACGGACGUUUUCGUCGCUCAUUCUCCUUGUUUCGAACACUAAGUCUUAUGUAUAGAUAUUCUGGGAACGUAGCUAGUACAUACGUAAUUUCGAGAUGGGAACGUAAGUAGUACAUAUACAUAUAGUAGUAGUACAUAUAGACUUCACUUUUAAUUGGCGGGGACUAUACGUAAUUUUCGACCCUGUUAUUACUGUCGAAGUGACGCCUCACAGCAACCGAAACAGAACAAACCUCACGUCAAAUCGAGAAGGGAACUAUUGAAGUUGCUUGUCGCCACAAGAUGUAUUGGAUAAACUCGACCAAUGGAGCAGGGGAAAGAAUGAAUGAGGAGUUUUGGUGUCGAACGGUAGUAUUUAUAGUUCUUGGUUUAUGCAGAUUUUUUGGGAUCCCAACAAAUCCCAACAGACCUCUAUUUGUGCCGAAAAACCAAAGAGUUCCCUCUCCUUGGUUUCUUCGAUUUCACGUGAAUUGGCGGAAUCCCGAGUCUCAACACAGUUGGUAUCCGUGUUUUGUUCUUUCAGGUCCCCCACGCGGCGGUAAUUCCAAGUUUUUGCCGGAACCAGCUAGCAAAUACGUUUCUAAUCGCACCCAGUAGGAUUCGCGUCACAAGUUUUAAUUUACCCUAGGGGUUAAAUUGCUAACCUCAAACCGUUUUUUUACGUGCCACCAUUAGUUGGAUUCCGUUAUCUUCGGAUAAUCGUGCUUUAUUGUUCUAUUAUUUUUGAAAUUUUAGCGUAAAAAUGAGUUGGCAAGAUACAGCGGCCAAUAUAUUUCCGUACUACGAGUAUAGCGUGGGUAUCACCUCCUACAUUUUAAACAUCCUGGUAAUCUACUUGGCCAGAACGCAGAUGCACAAACGCACAGCGGAGUACAAGAUAAUCAUCUAUCUGAAUUGUGGAGUGGACUUGAUUUUCAUUACCGUCAGCAUGGUUACAAGGAGUGUAGGGUUUAUAAAUUUUACCUUUUCGCUCCGAAAGUCAUCCGAAUUGAAUCUUUAUGGUAUUCUACGUACAAUUUUCAGGUCUGUGAUGUUCAAGACGGCAUUUUCUUCAUUCUCAGCACCGGCCCUCUGGGCGAGAUACCCCAGCCUUAUGCGGCAAUGAUAUCGGUCGUCUGGUCAGGGGCAUUUAUGCUUACCGUGGUUACUGUGCCUAUUCAAUUCCUCUAUCGCUACAGCCAGCUAUGCCUCAAAAAUCAGAUCACCACCAGACAGUAUGUCCUCAUUUACGGCGGAUUCAUUUCGGCGUUGGUGGUGCACCUUGUGGUGGGAUUCCAUAUCUACGUGACGGAUCCAACAGCACUGAAGGAAUAUGAGCAUUUGUUGCGGAGGAAUCCAAUGUUUAGAGAGCACGUGCCCGUCUUCACUGCGGCCAUUACGGUAAGAAAUGGCUAAAAUAAUAAUAGUCAUGAAUUGAUAACGCCGUGGUCAAAGGCCUCAAGAGCUUAAUAUCAGACUGUCGGGAAGAUAAUGUGGAUUUGUCGCAGCAAAAUGUCACGCCUCGGCGCAGUCGCGCACCAAUUCACCAGUUACGACUAGCCGUCGCAAAGCGAUGAUGAGCGAUUCCAUUGCGCGACGAAUCAACAUUCUUUUCCCGGCACACUGAUACCUUGUUAGGCAUUUGCUUUCUAUAUUUUCAGAUCUCCCUAGUCACACAACUCCACAUGUUGAAUACCAUGCUUAUUGUUUGCGUGGCCUACUCGGUUGCCGUCUAUUGUGCAGUAAAGACGCUGAAACGCCUAAACGAAAGCCAAGACUCGUUUUCGAAAGCCACACGGGCCGCACAGAGGCAGUUCACUAUUAUCAUGUUUGUACAGGUAAAUCAACCAACAAGUUAUGUCUAAAAUAACGAGUUUAGGCAAUCAACCCUCUUGUCAUGCUGAAUAUACCGAUUUGCCUGGCAUAUUCGUUGACUCUGCUCAACGUGACGGUCAGUGGGCUUUCGCUGAUGAUGGCACCAUUCCCUAUUUUUAUUCCAAUUGUCAAUCCGCUAUGCGUAAUUCUUGUAAUUCCCAACUUCCGACGAUUCGUUCUUUGUCGGAAAGGGAAACAUGUGCAAAUUGCAACAACCUCUCAAAUCAUUUCAACCAGAAUGACAACGUCUGAAUAAUUUCAAAUUAUACAUGUAAUAUUUACCGUAUUUUGAUAAUAAACUAACAAAGGAAGUACCCCAAGCGCUACGUUCAGAUAUUCUUUAAAUCUUGCAGAGACUUUGGGCAUAGGUCACAUAUCAAUUACUGAAAAUUUUAGCUCGCGCUUUGCAGGAACAGCCAAGAUAUUGAAAGACAUAUUGCGGCGGAGAGCCAACAAAAGGUGGUAGGAGGCGCCAACGACACCUGUGAAAAGCCCUUGAACGCUCGGCGGAGACCUACAACCCUGUGUUAA